AUGGCAGCCCCUUCAGCGAGCUUUCUCCUGGGCUCUCCGAGCGAGGCGCAUACUUUCAUCAACACACCGUACACGCUAGGUGGCGACGUUGACCUGCGACUCGUCAAGCUCGAUGAGGUCCACUUCAAGCAGCGCGACACUUCGCGCAACGACGCCGUCUGGGACCUCUUUGACCUCGAGUCAAAGCUGGAUAUCACACUGCCACCACCCCCUCCCCCCGAUCGCCCCCUCACAGCUGCCGAGCUGCAGACGCACGAGAGGGCCGUCCUCGCUCGCAAGUUUGCCCUGCUGAAGCACAUCGCGCAGCUCCUCGGCGGAACCUGUUCGCACAUGUCGUAUCUGCGACCGGAGCGAGUGAUGCGCAUGAAGGAGGGAGGCUGCAUCGAGCCCGUCGCCUACGCUGUCGGAAAAGGGUUCAACGACAAGGUCAUCGGCAACCGCAUGUUCGACACCAACGACUACACGGGCGCGAUGCGAGUCUAUCUCCACGCCCUGACGGACCUGGCGCCGUGGUACGCCUCCCCGCUCCUCUUCACGGAACAGCAGAUCAAGGACAUGGGCCUGGCCGCUCUCAACCUCUCACUCUGCCUGUUCAAGUACUCGCAGGCGCUCGCCAAGACCGGCUCGUCGCUCAGUCUCGCGCUCUCCUCUCUCGGCGCGCUGCAGCCCACGGCCGGCCGCUGCGUUGAGAUUCUGCACGCCGCCGAGCUCGCUGCUGCCCAAGUCACCGGCGCGCGGUACGUCACCGCCGAUCUCCUGAAGAAGGGAUUCCACCAUUACGGCCGCGCGCUCCAGGCCCGUGUGGAGCUGCUCAAGGUUAUCAACCCCGUGACGAAGGACAAGGCGGGCGACUACGGCGAGUGGGACAAGGUCAUCGCUGAACUGAACGUCGCGCCGAAGAAGAUCCAUGGCGACUCGGGACUGGCGCACGCCAAGUGCAAGGAGAAGCAUGUGUGCUUGGGGGGCAAUGACUCUCAGGAGCAGAGCUCGCAAGUUACGUCGGCCGGGGAGACUUAG